CUAAAAAAGGAGGAAAAGAGCUGCAUGUUUCCAGGGUCUUUUACAGAUCUGAAAGAUUUAAAAACCUCCCCACCAGACAUGGCUUGCGCUAGUAGUCUAAUAGCCGAGGAAAACUUUCUUUGCUCCAUCUGUCUGGAUGUGUUUGCUAAACCUGUGUCGAUUCCCUGCGGGCACAACUUCUGCUUUGAUUGUAUCACACACUACUGGGACACUAAUAAGACUGUAGCCCUAUGCCCACUGUGUAAAGAGGAAUUCUACCAAAGACCAACACUUCGGGUUAACAUUUUUAUUGCUGAGAUGGCGGCAAAGUUCAAGAAAUCUAUUCAAAAGCCAUUUUGUCCUAACCCUGAACAAGCAGGAAAUGGAAAUGUGCUCUGUGGUAUCUGUACUGGGCUAAAGGUCACAGCCGUCAAGUCCUGCUUAGUGUGUUUCAUGUCUUACUGUGAAACACAUCUGGAGCCUCAUCAGAGAAUAUCAGCCUUGAAGAAGCACAAGCUGAUCAACCCGGUUGAGAACCUGGAGAGCAGGAUAUGCAAUAAGCAUGACGAGCCUUUGGAGCUGUUUUGCAGGAUGGAUCAAAUGUUUGUAUGUGAGUCCUGUAAAGACAGUGACCAUAAAACCCACAAGAUAGUGAGUCUGGAGGAGGAGGCUCAAAUGAGGAAGGCCCAGCUGGGAAAAGAAAGGCAAGACAUGGAUCAGAUGGUUGAGGUGCGUCAGCGGAAAAUUCACGAGAUUCAAGGUUCAGUGGAGGCUAGCAGAAAUAAUGCAGCGGAGGCGCUGUCAUACAGCAUGCAUGUGAUGACUGCUGUGGUGGACUACAUUAAGAGAAGCCAGGCUGAGCUGACUAAGGUAAUUCAGAUGCAGCAGGAAAAAACUGAUACAGAGACAGAAUCCUUCAUUAAAGAACUGGAGGGAGAAAUUAUGCAAAUAAAGCAGAACAACUUGAAGCUUAAUCAGGUCUUACUCAACAAUGACGCCUUCGUUUUUCUUGAGAAUUUCCUUUCUCUCACCAUCACUCCACCCAAGGUAAAGGACUGGUCCAAUGUGACUUUAAACAGUGACCAGUUUGCCGUGCAGGAAGCCUUGACCAAGCUGGAGACAACAGUGACGAGGGAAAUCAAGAUGCUCUGCGAUCCCGACUUGAAAGAAAUGCAGCGGCAUGCUGUGGAUCUGACUCUGGAUCCUGACACAGCAAACCCUUGUCUUAAUGUUUCUGAGGAUGGGAAACAAGUAACGCAUGCAGACAGGAAGAGGAAUCUCCCAAACAAACCACAGAGGUUUGAUCAUGUCCUUAAUGUCCUCGCAAAGGAGGUUUUCUCCUCAGGAAAGUCUUACUACGAGGUCCAGGUUAAAGACAAGACACAGUGGGAUUUAGGAGUUGCGAACCGGUCGAUCAACAGGAAGGGCGAUAUAAGACUCAGCCCUAAGAACGGAUAUUGGACUAUUUGGCUGAGAAAAGGAAAUGAGUUCACAGCCAAUGCCGGCCCUGCGAUUAACCUCCAUGUAAGGGAGACACCUCAAAAGGUUGGGGUGUUUGUUGAUUAUGAGGCAGGUCAAGUUUCCUUCUAUGACGUGGACGCCAGGGCUUGCAUCUUCUCCUUCACCGGAUGUAACUUCACGGAGGAGCUCUUUCCGUUCUUCAGCCCCUGUUCUGAUGAUGGCGGCAAAAAUUCAGCCCCCUUGAUCCUUACUCCUGUCAAAUACAACAGCUGAGCUUGUGCUGUUUUGGGUUUGUGAAAGACAAUGAGACAGCACAAGGAAGAGAGAUCUCAAUAGUAGCACGCCGAAAUGUUUUUAGUGUUUCUAGUGUGUCAUUCUGUUUCUCCCAUCCAUCAGUGUCAGUGCUGUGUGCCACUAUGUGUCGCCUGUCACUGUAGAUCUCAGAGUCCCCAUGCAGCCAUCAGGACAUCAAUACACACACGCCCCUGUGGGACACAGUCAUACACUUCCCUAAAUCUGUAUUAUUUGUCUUUUUAGUUAU